CAAAAAUUAUGGAAAAAAGAAAAAACGUAAAGUUUAUAAAAUUCAUCAUCAUCAUCAUCCAAAUCAUUAUCCAAUGGAAAGAUCACCAUUACUUUAUCAUGAUCGACAUCCAAUGAUUAAUGGUAAUUAUCCACCAUCAUCGAGAAAAAAAUCCAUUUUCAUUCCAGUUGCAUUAUAUUCAGUGACGAAAAAAUUGCCCAAAAAUAUUGCACCAAAAAUGUCAGCAUCAAAUGUAUCGAUACGACGAAAACAAAUUAAUCCAAAUCAUCAUUAUGAUAAUUUAGAUAAUCCGAAUAUCGAUGAUGAUCAAUCGAAUAAUGAUGAUUAUGAAAUGCGAAAAGAAAGUGCCGUUUAUGGUUAUAUUGAAAAACCAGAAAUUAUCGAAUUUAAAGGUCAAUAUUAUUAUGGUAGUAGUGGUGAUGGUGGUGUUGGUGGUGGUGGUGGUGGUGGUGGUGGCAUUAGUAAUGAUAAUAUUAUCGGUGGUAGAGGUGAUAAUAUUGGUGAAGGUUCAGAUGAUAAUAAUAGCGGUACUAAUGGUGACAAUGAUGAAUAUUCAAUGGAUGAUCAUCGACAUUAUCAACGGCAAUAUGAUGAAGAUCAAUUACAGCCAUCAUAUGUACCAUCAUCACAAGAACAUUAUAGUGAUUAUCAUCCACAUGAUUAUCAUCAUGAUUUACAUUAUCAUCAUGAUUAUAUACCAUCAUCAUAUCCAAUGACAGCAUCACCUAUGUAUCAUCAUCAUCAUGAUUCAUAUGAUAAUGAACCAUCAUUAACAGCAUUAUUGGUGGCUAAAUUGAAGAAAAUUUUACUGGUAAAAGGCAUUACAGCCAAAGGUCUUUUAUUGGCAUCGAUACCAUUUUUAUUAUCACCAUUAUUAAGUUAUAUGUUAACACCGGUUGUUAUACCGAUAACGGCAACAGUUGCCGCUGGUAGACGUCGAAAACGUGAUUUACAUCAACGACCAAUAUGGAAAAUGAUUCCAAAUUCAAUGGAUGACAUCAAUAAUCAUCAGGAUAUUGAGAUUAUUUUAAAAUUUCUUCAACCAAUAUUUGAAACAAAUGAAUUAUGGCUAAAUAAAGCGAUUGCAAAUUUUCUACAUGCGGAUGGAUUCUUUUCCACCGAUGAUCAAUGUUUUGAACAAUUAGCUUGCCAAAUUUUGAAUGCAAAAAAUUAUAAAGAUGAUCCCAAUUCAACAAUGGUGACAAUGAAUAAAUAUCUGAAUCCAAAAUAUAUUGCAGCAUCAAUAUUUCUAGAUCAUUUACUACGUAAUGAAUUUGUGUCGGAAAAAUUUAAAAAACGUAUUUAUAAUGUAGUUCAUUACGAUGAACGUAAUAAUAAUCAUCAUCAUCAUCAUCAUCAUCGAUGGAAACAAUGUUCAAUGCAAUAUAAAUGUAAUCGAUUUGUCCAGAAGAUGAUGCAGAAGAAAAAGAAAAAGAAGAAGAAG